GCCCAGUAGCCGCCAGCCGCCAGCGACAACUGACAAUGAUCAGUGACCAGGCUUUGUACCUGUAUAAGGCAUUCUGUAGGCACCUAACUCUGCGAAAAAAACGCUCGUGUUCUGUUUGCAAUGGCUUUUCCCCUGAUAUCAACAGUAGCUAGCUUCCUCCACCUCAAGAAGCCGGAGACCCAUCUCCUUCUUCGAUGCCCCUAUGGGAAACCUACUGUUGUUUCAACCAGAAGGUUCGCGCCAAUGGCUGCGUUGACAGAAGCCCCUAGCCUUGGUCUAUCUGAGACGUUCUCCAAUCUGAGAAAACAAGGCAAAGUGGCACUCAUUUCAUAUAUCACUGCUGGUGAUCCUGACCUUUCAACCACAGCAGAAGCCUUGAAGGUGCUGGAUUCCUGUGGAUCUGACAUAAUUGAACUGGGUAUUCCUUACUGUGAUUCACUGGCAGAUGGUCCAGUUAUUCAGGCAGCGGCUAGCCGUUCCUUGGCAAGAGGGACCAAGUUUGAUGCAAUAACAUCAAUGUUGAAGGAGGUGGUUCCACAAUUGACCUGUCCAAUUGCUUUAUUUACAUAUUACAACCCAAUAUUAAAGUGCGGAAUUGAGAAGUACAUGUCCACCAUAAAAGAAAUUGGUGUACAAGGACUUAUUGUUCCAGAAGUACCUCUAGAGGAAACUGAACUUUUGAGGAAGGAAGCUGUCAAAAAUAAUAUUGAACUGGUACUUCUUACAACACCAACUACUCCUAUAGAAAGAAUGAAAGCCAUUGUUGAAGCAUCAGAAGGAUUUGUGUAUCUUGUGAGUUCAGUUGGAGUUACGGGUGCCCGUGCAUCUAUAAGUGACCGAGUACAAGCCCUUCUGCAGGAUAUUAAAGAGGCAACAACUAAGCCCGUAGCAGUCGGAUUUGGCAUAUCAAAACCUGAGCAUGUGAAACAGAUGGCAGCAUGGGGUGCUGAUGGUGUUAUUGUUGGUAGUGCUUUGGUAAAACUGUUGGGUGAAGCAAAAUCUCCCCAAGAAGGGCUGAAGGAACUAGAAAAUUUAACCAAAUCGUUGAAGUCUGCACUUCCAUGAAUAGAAUUUAAUAUGAUCAAUUCAAAGUUUGUGAUUCUACUUUGCAAUAAUGGCAUAAAUGUUAAUCAAAUUAUAAAUAAUAAGGCAUAUAUGAAUUUGUUUUAUAGCUGCUUAA